UUGUCAAUGGUGAGUGGUGGCCGGGGGAAGUUGCAGCUAAAUUUCCCUAAAAUGUCAUGCUCUAAUAUUAUACUAUCACAAGCACUUAAUAAAUGUUAUUUUUUUACACAUUUUAAGCACACGCUGUACAAGUAACCGCGGAGGAAGACAAGUACCCUGCCUCCCUCUGUUGCCUAUAAAAACCUCCCCUCUCUCUUGACCGUCCAUUGCCUGAUUGCCUCCUAAAUCAUAUCCCCCCCCCCCCCCCCCCCCAAAAGAACAUGAUGAUCAAUGGGCAAAAAAUGGCAGCAGCAGAGGUGGCAGUGCAGCUGCCUGAGUCAAAGAUGGUGACUGAGAACAUAGGGGGAGCGGCAGCUGCUAUGAGGCCUUUUGGCCGGAAAGCUGAAGUUAUGAACGUGUUACUCAGGGUGUUGUGCAUGGUGACAUCUGUUGCAGCUCUGUCCUCCAUGGUCACAGCCCAUCAGUCCAGUACCGUCUCCAUCUAUGGCUUCAUGCUCCCUAUUCAAUCGAAGUGGUCCUUCUCUCACUCAUUUGAAUAUGUGGUUGGAGUCUCUGCAGUUGUUGCAGCGCACUCAUUGCUGCAACUGCUGAUUAGCGUGUCAAGGUUGCUUAGAAAAUCUCCGGUGAUUCAAUCAAGAAGUCAUGCAUGGCUUGUCUUUGCAGGAGAUCAGGUAUUUGCAUAUGCAAUGAUAAGCGCUGGGGCAGCUGCAUCAGGAGUCACCAACCUCAAUCGCACAGGAAUCCGACACACAGCUUUGCCAAAUUUCUGCAAGCCUCUACAGAGCUUCUGUGACCAUGUUGCUGUCUCUAUAUUCUUCACUUUCUUGAGCUGCUUCUUGCUUGCUGCAUCUGCUGUUCAGGAAGUCAUAUGGCUCUCCAGAUCCAAGUACUGAAGAUCUCUGCCUUUCGAUAUACUUGUUGUUAUCGUUCCUGGACAAGCACGACUUCUACGAAAUAAGGGUUUAUCCUUCAAUUAAUUCCAGUGAUAUCUUCUAUCAUUACUGGAAGUUUUGUGAUCAUGGCACUUUAACCCUUUGUAAAUAACAAGGGCUUGUCUGUUUUGUUACAGUACCAUGCGGGUCUCACUUUUAGAGCCAUUUAUGACCAGCUUGUUUCGAAA